CUCCAGGCUCCGCCCCAUCUCGCCACAAGCUCCGCCCUCCGCCCGUCUAGCCACGCCCCACCGCGUGGCGCUGAUCGGUUUAUUCCGCCCACGGAGCCGGGACCAUGGAGGGGCCAAGCGGGGCCGCCCGGAGCGCGGGCUCCCCCAGGCCCAGCGAGCCCAGCCCCACAGAGCCGCCCCCCUCGGACCAGACCGCGCUGGAGAAGAUGCCCGUUGUGCCCUCCUGCCCUACCCCCGGCUCUGCCACGCCUUGGAUCCUGGGUCGCCCCUCGGCCGGGGCCCUGUCCUCCAUCACUGUGCCCGUCCGGCUGGACGCCCUCGCCUACCUGCUCAACAGCGCCCUCUUGGGGGCCUACUCGGCCUUGCCACAGACGCCCCUCUCCGGCAGCCACGGGGCAUUGGCCAUGGGUCACGGCGGGCCUCCCCAACAUGCACUGGGCUGCGGGUGUCAGCCACGCUACUGCUGCGGCCCCCAGCCGGCUCGGGUGGGGUGCUGUGGGUCUGGCGCCGUGGGGCAGAGCAGCGCCGGCUGCUCCCAAGAGAUACCUGGGGGCCGCAGCGAUUGGCAGGACUCCUCUGCGAGAUGGGACCGGCGAGGGUCUCCGUCGCUGAGUGGCUGGGGGGAGAACCGGCGAGCAAGGGGGCAGAAAGAUUUCAGUCGGCCCUGGGGGGGGCAGAGGCCGUGGGGCGAGGCGGACUCCGCCCCACGCAAGGCAGGACAGUGGGGGCCGGGGAGAGCCCAGAGCUCAGAUUAUGCGUCCAGGAAGCGGAACCAAGAUGGCUGCCCAUGGGACGCCCCUGGGGCAAAGAGAUGGUCUAGUGGGGGGGUGAAGAGAUGGGGGGAAACUGAGGCAGCCAAAGCCACCAGGGAAGAUUGGGAGGCAGAUUACGGGGGAUCCAGCGCCCAAGGGAGCAUCUUGGAGAAAACCCGGUCUUCCCAGCCCAGCCUCCCAGCUUCCCAGGAAGGAGAAGACUGGGAAAAGGAGUAUGAGGAGUCCCCCAAAUCGGCGCCGGGGGUUCCCCCUCUUCCACAGGUGGCUUUGAAGGUUCAACCGGCCUCCCUCCAGGAGAGGACAACGCCCCGCCCAGCUUGCAAGGACGGCAGCGUCUCCAGCUAUCUCCAGAACCUCUUUGCCGACCUGCGCGGGGGGUCCAGCACCGCCUCAGAGCCGCGCCGGGGGAGACAGCCCCCUGGAGGUGCCGCCGAACGUGGGACACGGCUCCCGGAAGGAGGAGGAGGCCCGAGUGGCCAGGGGUCUGCCAAGCUCGGCGAUUUCACGGCCCAGCGCGUUGACCUCCCCAGAGCCGCCGCAGAGAACGAGGACAGUGCGUGAGCCCUGCCGAAGCUGGGGCCUCAUGGUUCUCCCAUCCAACCGGCCACCCGUUGCUGACUCCACCAGCCCACCGGGCUCGGCCGUUCAGCCAAGGGUUGGUUUGUUGUUAACUCCGUUCUUUUUCAUCCUCCAGCAUCUACCCAUCCUUCUCCAUUCCUAACCUGUCCCAACAAGUCUUCUACCCAUGAUCCUCCCUUCCUAGCCCUCUUCCCAUCAUCCUCCAUUCCUAGCCUUCUACUCAUCAUCCUCCAUUCCUAACCUGCCCCAACAAAUCUUCUACCCAUGAUCCUCCCUUCCUAGCCUUCUACCCAUCAUCCUCCAUUCCUAGCCUUCUACCCAUCAUCCUCCAUUCCUAACCUGCCCCAACAAGUCUUCUACCCAUGAUCCUCCCUUCCUAGCCCUCUACUCAUCAUUCUCCAUUUCUAGCCGUCUACCCAUGAUCCUCCAUUCCUAACUUGCCCUAACAAGUUUUCUACCCAUGAUCCUCCUUUCCUAGCCCUCUACCCAUGAUCGUGGACCCCAAUCAAGCUUUCUAUCCAUGAUCCUCCCUUCCUAGCCCUCUACCCAUCAUCCUCCAUUCCUAGCCCUCUACCUGUGACCCUCCACCCCAAACAAGCCUUUUCCCCAGGAUCCUCCAUUCCCAACCUCUUGUCUUUCUCUGUCCAAAGAUUUUGAUGUUGAUUUAGGUUUAAAAAUGAUCAGAAAUGGGGGUUUGCCUAAAGAACAACAGAGCGAGCCAGAUUUCUGUUGUGUUUGUCUCUUUUAAUUGGUUACUUUCCAAGAUUUGGCUAUGAAACAAACCCAAAUCCCCUGUCCUCGACCCCAGAGUGCCAGGUGACGGGCGUUUGGUAUCUUUUCAUUGCUAACUUGAACCUUUGUUUGUAUGUCCGGGUUAGAAAACGAAACUCAAAUUAGUGCCCCCCGUGUUCUGCAAAUGAACGCCGUGGUUUGUGUCACGUGCUUUGCGUUGAGCGGACGUGUACAUGUCACGCAGGGCUCUACCCUGCUUCACAAGAUCAGGGCCUAAAUUUCUUGAUGUCAAAGGUCUGGAGAUUAGUCCUAGCUUUAAAAAAAAACCCACAAAAUAUUCCGUGCAUUUUUACACACACCCACCCCCGAAUUCUUAUUUUGUAUCAUCGCGUUUGGAAUGUCUCAAGAUUUCUGGUUUUCUUUCUAGGUUUAAAACCACGCCAAGGGCCAGGCUGUUUGGAAGUCUUGUUAGAGUUGACUCCCUGACAGCGUUAAGUUGUGUUUGCAAAGAGAGUUGGAUUGUGAGUUGUUUGAACGUGUUGAAACGUUUCUCUGGGGAGAUUACGGGUUUGAGCUCAGCUCUCUGUGUAAAUCUGUAUCGAUGACAUGGGUGAGCCAGUCACUCUGCCAACUACCCCAGAUCUCAGGGAGUACAGUCAAUCGAUUGCUAAAAUAUAGAUGUUAGGCAAUAAAAUUUCUCUCGGCUGUAUGGAGAUUGAAAAAGUGAGUGUCACUUAUUGCAUAUGCUGUUUGUGUCAUAUCUGCAGUAUAACUUCUGUGCACUACAAAGGAAAAAAAUGGUGAAUUUGACUUCCUGCAUUUAUGAUCUAGCAAUCAUUCGAAUCUCCCGUUUUCACCGCUGUGUAUCCCAGAGAAAUUGUAUUGCACCUAGAACUCUGGCUUUGGGCUAGAGAUUUAUACACAGGUUUAUACAAAACUUCAACCUGAUUUGUUGCCUCUAAGACAUAUAGAUGCAAUCAUAGAAAUUUGCCGGUUUCAUCUGUAUAGCCCAUGCAUAUAGGAUAGAUAUAGCCCAGAAAAAUGAUAUUGUCAUGAUCUAUAUGCAGAAUAACUCUACCCAUUCUCUGCCAUGUGUAGAGAUUAAAAUAGUGAAUUUGAAUGAUUGCACGUUUGAAUGAUUGCAGAGGAAUUCUAUUGCCCAUGGAGUUCUGUCUUGUGCUAUCGAGAGGUUUCAUUUCCAUAUGGCUUGUUGCACAUGUGACAAAGAGCUGCAUUAAUAGAAAUCCAGCACUUGAAUCUAUAUUGCAUGUACAUGAUAUCGCAUAUCCGAUGUGUAUGGCACAGAAAUGAUAUUUUGCUGUGAUCUCUGACAGGUUAUAUACCAGUGUUUCUCAA